AUGGCGGUUAUCGAUCGAGAUGGUAAAAUUUUGUGCCCUUGUCGAAAGUGUGUGAAUGUUGUUCGUCAAAAUUUUCAAAUUGUUCAAAUUCAUUUGCUGCAACAUGGGAUUAUUGCAACUUACACUAUCUGGCACGUGCAUGGGGAACCCCGUGAAUCAAACGAGGCUUAUCAUCAUGAUAUACCCGUUGAGGGCAAUGAGGUUUUGGGAGGUAUUGAUGCCUUAGUGGAAGAUCGAAUAAGAGGGGAAUCAACUAAUACAACUCAAGAGGAGGAGGUUCGCACUUUUGAUAAAUUAUUGAAUGAUGCCAAACGUGAGGUGUACCCAGGUUGCACAAAUUACACUUUGUUAAAAUUUGUCAUCGAGAUACUUAAUAUGAAGGUAACAAACCAUUGGAGUAAUAAGUCAGUUGACAUGAUACUAGAGUUUUUAACAAAAUUUUUAUCGAAGGAUAAUUUGGUUCCAAAGUCAACUUAUGAAGCUAAAAAAUUACUACGUGAAUUGGGUUUGUCAUACGAGCUCAUUGAUGCUUGUGUAAACGAUUGUGUGCUCUUUUGGACGGGGAAUGCAACACUAGAUAAAUGUCCAAACUGUAAGGCUUCUAGAUACAAGACAAAUCAUGGUAGAGGUAAGAAGAUCUCUCGUAAGGUUCUUCGAUACUUCCCGUUAACACUGAGAUUGAAAAGGUUGUACAUGUCGAGGAAGAGAGCCGAGGAUAUGAAAUGGUUCAAGGAAAAACAUCUAGAUGACGGUGUAUUGAGGCAUCCUGCAGAUAGUGAUGAGUGGAAGGAAUUCGAUACACAACAUCCUAAAUUUGCCUUGGAGCCUCGGAAUGUGAGGCUAGGGUUGGCUACUGAUGGUUUCAACCCUUUCGGAAAUAUGAAUAACUCAUAUAGUGUGUGGCCUGUCGUACUUAUUCCGUACAACUUGCCACCAUGGUUGGCUAUGAAGGACCCAUUUUUCAUGCUAUCAUUACUUAUUCCUAGUGAAUCACAACUAGGAAUUGAUAUUGAUGUCUACAUGAGACCUUUAGUGGAAGAAUUGAAUGAAUUAUGGGAAAAUGGUACAUUAACCUAUGAUGCCUCGACUGGUGAGACUUUCUACAUGCGUGCAGCUUUGCAGUGGACGAUACAUGAUUGGCCCGCAUUUGGUGACAUUUCUGGAUGGAGAACAAAGGGUCAUUACUCUUCUUACACUUGCAAUGAUGAACCAUAUUUUGAAUCUUUAAAAAGUAAGACUGCGUACAGCAACCAUCGAUGCUACUUGCCUGAUGACCACCCAGAAAGGCGAAAGAGUAGAGCAUAUAAUGGCAAGCAUGAAAAACGGAAGAGAUCUUUGGUGAUACCGAUAGAAAAGAUUGAAGAACAAUUGGGCAGUGUGAUGGGUGUCACAUAUGGAAAACAUCCAAGCAAUAGGAAAAGACCUCGUCAGAACCCAAACUGGACAAAGGUAAGCAUCUUGUAUGAGCUACCGUAUUGGAAGAAAAGGAGGCUUCGACACAACAUUGAUGUCAUGCAUGUGGAGAAGAACUUUAGUGAAAAUGUUUUUGGAACGAUGUUGGGAAUUGAUGGGAAGAACAAGGAUACAGAUAAGGCACGAAUGGAUUUAGAAGAUAUGAAUAUAAGGAAAGAAUUGUGGCUGAAAACAAAUCCCGAUGGAUCAUAUGUGAAGCCACGAGCCAGCUUCUCAUUGACCCCUAAAGAGAGAGAGGGUUUCUUUGAAUUCUUGAAAUCAGUGAAGUACCCAGAUGGGUACGCGGCAAACAUUUCGAGAUCAGUGAAUGCAAAAAAUGGUAGAUUAACAGGAUUGAAAAGCCACGACUACCAUGUACUUAUACAACGGAUUCUUCCUAUUGGGAUGUGUGGUUACGUAGAUAAAAAGAUCAAUACAACACUUUUUGAGUUAGGUAGCUUCUUCCAAGAUCUAUGCUCAAGGACACUGAAACGAAGUGAAAUAGAGAAAUUAGAGAAACGUAUAGUACUCAUACUAUGUAAGUUUGAAAAGAUCUUCCCUCCAGCCUUCUUCGAUGUGAUGGUUCAUUUGGCCAUUCACUUGCCACGUGAGACUAUUCUCGGAGGACCUGUGCAAUAUCGGUGGAUGUACCCGAUUGAAAGGUAA